CCGGCAUUUCUGUCCACAGAAGACCAUGGAAGCCAAUAACUGGAGACUUGGGGCAGACCAAGCAUCCGAAGCGUACGAUGACUACGGCGCUUCGGCCUCCUACUACGACGUCAACGACUGGAAGCUUUCCGACGAAGCCCUCCACGACCUGAAGCCCUUCCUGCCGGACGAGGAAGAGUGGUCUCCACAGCAAGAAAACAAUUACGAAGCGCUAAGCUACGAGGCGUCAGACCUGCCACUUCAGAACCUAGAUAAUUUAGCGUUGGAUGACAAGCCAUACGACGGAUUUAAUGGUGAGCUUCGACAGUCUCUGUGCCCACCAUCCACUACAGAGUAUUCGUCUCCAGAGCCAAUGUACUCUUCCACCGGCGCCCACAUACCUGUUAACGAACCGCAGUUCAUCUCACAGCCUCCCAAUAUCCUGGAGAAAAUACCUUCAAAAAGAAAACGAGUUCGAGGUCCCAAAAACUGGGAGUUCCUGAUCCGGCUACUGGCAGACAAGCGAACGAACCCGUUUUUAAUUCGCUGGGAAGAUGAGUCUACGGCGACCUUCCGUCUGGUUCAGCCUGAAAAAAUCGCACAGAUGUGGUCCACACGAACGCCAGAUUCGCCUCCUUUAACUUAUAACAAUUUUGCUAGAGGUCUCAGGUACCACUAUAGCAGAGGCGCCUUACAACCAGUGUCAGAAAAGCAGCUGGUGUACCGAUGUGGGCCCAAGGCUCUCCAGUACCUGAUCGACCUGCGCAAGGGUUCUUCCUAUGAAGAUGUUUAGGAUGAGUAAGAC